AUGGACACAAGUUAUACUCUCCUCUUUGCUCAACUUUCAAUUUUCAUUCUGCUUCUUAACCAUACUUCACUUGCUAAUAUUAGCACUGAUGGAGCUGCUCUUCUUGCACUUAAAUCACACAUUUCUUCUCAUCCUAACAACAUCUUAGCAAGCAACUGGUCUUCUUCAACCUCGGUUUGCAGCUGGAUUGGAAUCACUUGCAGCUCCCGCCACCAUCGAGUCACUGCUUUAGACAUUUCUAGCAUGCAACUUCAUGGUACCAUUACUCCACACCUUGGAAACCUCUCAUUUCUUGUUUCCCUCAACAUCAGUAAUAACGCUUUUCAUGGAGAUUUGCCACAAGAGUUGGCUCGUUUGCAGAGGUUGAAAGUGAUUGAUGUCACAAGCAAUAACUUCACCGGAGAAUUUCCGUCAUUUUUAAGUUUGUUACCAAAUUUACACAUUAUGUACCUCUGGAGAAACCAAUUUUCAGGUAAAAUUCCAUCCUCCCUUUCCAAUCUGACAAAACUGCAAGUGUUGUCAAUACAGAACAAUUUUCUCCAAGGAGAGAUCCCUCGGGAACUCGGUCAUCUUCGUUACCUGAGUAUCCUAGACCUGCAAUAUAAUGGACUUACAGGCUCUAUACCAUCAUCAAUCUUUAACAUUACUACAAUGCAAGUAAUUGCUCUUACAGGCAACAAUCUUACUGGAAAGCUUCCAAAAACUAUAUGUGACCAUCUUCCAAACUUGGAAGGGCUUCACCUCACAAGCAACUCCCUAGAUGGAGUUAUUCCACCAAACCUUGAGAAAUGCCGAAAACUUCAAAUAUUGUCAUUGUCUUACAAUGAGUUUAUUGGAAUUGUACCAAGAGAGCUGGCCAACUUAACAGCUCUUACAGAAUUAUAUCUCGGAGAUCUGCAUUUGGAAGGAGAGAUCCCUCGAGAAAUCAGUGAUCUUCGUUACUUGACUAUCCUAGAUCUGCAAUUUAAUCAACUUAGUGGCUCUAUACCACCAUCAAUCUUCAACAUUACCACAAUGCAAGUAAUUGCUCUUACGGGCAACAAUCUUACUGGAAAGCUUCCAAAAACUAUAUGUGACCAUCUUCCAAACUUGCAAAGGCUUUACCUCUCAAAGAACUCCUUAGAUGGAGUUAUUCCACCAAGCCUUGAGAAAUGCCGAAAACUUCAAAUAUUGUCAUUGUCUUACAAUGAGUUUAUUGGAAUUGUACCAAGAGAGCUGGCCAACUUAACAGCUCUUACAGAAUUAUAUCUCAGAGCCCUGCAUUUGGAAGGAGAGAUCCCUCGAGAAAUCAGUGAUCUUCGUUACUUGACUAUCCUAGAUCUGCAAUUUAAUCAACUUAGUGGCUCUAUACCACCAUCAAUCUUCAACAUUACCACAAUGCAAAUCAUUGAUUUUACUGGCAAUAAUCUUACUGGUAAGCUUCCACCAAGCCUCGAGAAAUGCAGAAAGCUUCAAGUCUUGGCAUUGUCGCUCAAUGAGUUUAUAGGAACUAUACCAAGAGAGAUAGCCAACUUAACAGUUCUUACAGAAUUAUAUCUCAAAGCUCUGCAUUUGGAAGGAGAGAUCCCUCGAGAAAUCAGUGAUCUUCGUUACUUGACUAUCCUAGAUCUGCAAUUUAAUCAACUUAGUGGCUCUAUACCACCAUCAAUCUUCAACAUUACCACAAUGCAAAUCAUUGAUUUUACUGGCAAUAAUCUUACUGGUAAGCUUCCACCAAGCCUCGAGAAAUGCAGAAAGCUUCAAGUCUUGGCAUUGUCGCUCAAUGAGUUUAUAGGAACUAUACCAAGAGAGAUAGCCAACUUAACAGUUCUUACAGAAUUAUAUCUCAAAGCUCUGCAUUUGGAAGGAGAGAUCCCUCGAGAAAUCAGUGAUCUUCGUUACUUGACUAUCCUAGAUCUGCAAUUUAAUCAACUUAGUGGCUCUAUACCACCAUCAAUCUUCAACAUUACCACAAUGCAAAUCAUUGAUUUUACUGGCAAUAAUCUUACUGGUAAGCUUCCACCAAGCCUCGAGAAAUGCAGAAAGCUUCAAGUCUUGGCAUUGUCGCUCAAUGAGUUUAUAGGAACUAUACCAAGAGAGAUAGCCAACUUAACAGUUCUUACAGAAUUAUAUCUCAAAGCUCUGCAUUUGGAAGGAGAGAUCCCUCGAGAAAUCAGUGAUCUUCGUUACUUGACUAUCCUAGAUCUGCAAUUUAAUCAACUUAGUGGCUCUAUACCACCAUCAAUCUUCAACAUUACCACAAUGCAAAUCAUUGAUUUUACUGGCAAUAAUCUUACUGGUAAGCUUCCACCAAGCCUCGAGAAAUGCAGAAAGCUUCAAGUCUUGGCAUUGUCGCUCAAUGAGUUUAUAGGAACUAUACCAAGAGAGAUAGCCAACUUAACAGUUCUUACAGAAUUAUAUCUCAAAGCUCUGCAUUUGGAAGGAGAGAUCCCUCGAGAAAUCAGUGAUCUUCGUUACUUGACUAUCCUAGAUCUGCAAUUUAAUCAACUUAGUGGCUCUAUACCACCAUCAAUCUUCAACAUUACCACAAUGCAAAUCAUUGAUUUUACUGGCAAUAAUCUUACUGGUAAGCUUCCACCAAGCCUCGAGAAAUGCAGAAAGCUUCAAGUCUUGGCAUUGUCGCUCAAUGAGUUUAUAGGAACUAUACCAAGAGAGAUAGCCAACUUAACAGUUCUUACAGAAUUAUAUCUCAAAGCUCUGCAUUUGGAAGGAGAGAUCCCUCGAGAAAUCAGUGAUCUUCGUUACUUGACUAUCCUAGAUCUGCAAUUUAAUCAACUUAGUGGCUCUAUACCACCAUCAAUCUUCAACAUUACCACAAUGCAAAUCAUUGAUUUUACUGGCAAUAAUCUUACUGGUAAGCUUCCACCAAGCCUCGAGAAAUGCAGAAAGCUUCAAGUCUUGGCAUUGUCGCUCAAUGAGUUUAUAGGAACUAUACCAAGAGAGAUAGCCAACUUAACAGUUCUUACAGAAUUAUAUCUCAAAGCUCUGCAUUUGGAAGGAGAGAUCCCUCGAGAAAUCAGUGAUCUUCGUUACUUGACUAUCCUAGAUCUGCAAUUUAAUCAACUUAGUGGCUCUAUACCACCAUCAAUCUUCAACAUUACCACAAUGCAAAUCAUUGAUUUUACUGGCAAUAAUCUUACUGGUAAGCUUCCAACAACUAUAUGUGACCAUCUUCCAAACUUGGAAGGGCUUCACCUCACAAGCAACUCCCUAGAUGGAGUUAUUCCACCAAGCCUCGAGAAAUGCAGAAAGCUUCAAGUCUUGGCAUUGUCGCUCAAUGAGUUUAUAGGAACUAUACCAAGAGAGAUAGCCAACUUAACAGUUCUUACAGAAUUAUAUCUCAAAGCUCUGCAUUUGGAAGGAGAGAUCCCUCGAGAAAUCAGUGAUCUUCGUUACUUGACUAUCCUAGAUCUGCAAUUUAAUCAACUUAGUGGCUCUAUACCACCAUCAAUCUUCAACAUUACCACAAUGCAAAUCAUUACUCUUACUGACAAUAAUCUUACUGGUAAGCUUCCACCAAGCCUCGAGAAAUGCAGAAAGCUUCAAGUCUUGGCAUUGUCGCUCAAUGAGUUUAUAGGAACUAUACCAAGAGAGAUAGCCAACUUAACAGCUCUUACAGAAUUAUAUCUCGAAACUCUGCAUUUGGAAGGAGAGAUACCAAUGGAGCUAGGUAAUCUUAAGAAACUUCAGGUACUGCAGUUAGCAGAAAAUGAGCUUACUGGCUCUGUUCCUGACAGCAUUUUCAACAUGUCAGCACUGAAGAUUAUAGAUUUUGGACAAAACAAGCUUUCAGGUACUCUACCUUCAGAUUUAGGUCGUAGAAUUCCCAACCUAGAAGUAUUUCUUUGUGGAGGAAAUAAUCUGAGUGGUUUUAUCUCUGAUUCAAUCACAAAUUCUUCAAGACUCAGAAUGUUUGACAUCUCAUUCAACAGUUUCACAGGUCCAAUUCCUAAAUCAUUUGGUAACUUAGAAUACCUUGAGAUUCUUAACUUAGAGAUGAAUAAUUUUAUCAGUGAUUCAUCAUUGAGCUUCCUUACAUCAUUAACAAACUGUAGGAAACUAAGAGCACUCCGAUUUAAUGAGAAUGCAUUGGAUGGGGCAUUACCAGCGUCUGUUGGUAAUUUCUCAAACUCGAUGCAAAAUUUUCAAGGAAAUGGCUGUAAGCUAAAGGGCGUCAUUCCUCGAGAAAUCGGUAAUCUUACUGGAGUGAUACAUAUGAGUCUGUUUAACAAUAAGUUGGCUGGACAUAUUCCAAAUACUGUCCAAGACAUGUUGAACCUCCAAGAAUUUUAUCUACAUAGCAAUGAGAUUAAAGGUACCAUACCAAAUGUUAUAUGCAGUUUAAAGAAUCUUGGUGCAUUAGACUUGUCAGGAAAUCAUUUUUCUGGUUCAGUGCCCUCAUGCUUAGGGAAUGUAACUAGUUUGAGGUAUCUUAAUCUAGCUUACAACAGGCUGAAUUCAAGAUUACCUGCAAACUUGGGGAGCCUUCAAGAUCUCAUUGAAUUAAGUGUUUCAUCCAAUUCAUUAAGUGGUCAUAUUCCUCUGGAGUUGGGAAAUUUAAAGGCAGUAACACUAAUUGAUUUGUCAAAAAAUGAUUUUUCUGGUAAAAUUCCUAGCACUUUAGGAGGUCUAGCUGAAUUGAUUAAUCUUCCUCUAGCACAUAAUAGAUUAGAGGGGCCUAUUCCAGAUUCAUUUGGCAAAUUGUUGGCAUUGGAAUUCUUGGAUUUGUCUUAUAACAAUCUUAGUGGUGAAAUUCCAAAGUCAUUAGAAGCUCUAGUGUAUCUCAAAUACAUGAAUUUCUCAUUCAAUAAACUCAGUGGAGAAAUUCCCAUUGGUGGUCCUUUUGUAAAUGUCACUAGUCAAUCCUUCUUGUCCAAUGAUGCACUUUGUGGUGACUCCCGGUUUAACAUAAAACCAUGUCAAACUAAAUCUACAAAGAAGUCAAGAAGAAAAAGAGUGCUUAUAGGUUUAUAUACGCUGUUAGGGAUUGGGUCGCUCUUUGUGUUGGUAGUUGGAUAUGUGGUGUUAAGAUUGAGAAAGACAAAGAAGAAUGCAAGUCAAGCAGAUGUGUCUCUGGUAAAAGAACAUGAAAGAAUUUCCUAUUAUGAACUUGAACAUGCAACAGAAGGAUUCGACGAAAGCAACUUGCUUGGUACAGGGAGUUUUAGUGUGGUCUACAAAGGGAUACUUAAGGAUGGUACUCUUUUGGCAGCAAAGGUAUUCAAUGUGCAAUUGGAGGGUGCAUUUAAAAGUUUUGAUACGGAAUGUGAGAUACUCCGGAACCUUCGCCACAGAAAUCUGACCAAAGUUAUUACAAGCUGUGCCAACCUUGAUUUCAAGGCCCUGGUGUUGGAAUACAUGCCCAAUGGGACACUUGAUAAAUGGUUAUACUCCCACAACUUGUUCUUGAACUUAUUACAGAGAUUGGAUAUAAUGAUAGAUGUUGCAUCUGCAAUUGACUAUCUCCACAAUGGCUAUACAACGCCUGUGGUUCAUUGUGACUUGAAGCCAAGUAAUGUCUUGCUUGAUCAGGAAAUGGUUGGUCAUGUCAGUGAUUUUGGCAUUGCGAAAUUGCUAGGUGAAGGGGAGGCUUCUGUUCAAACAAGGACAAUUUCAACCAUUGGAUAUAUUGCUCCAGAGUAUGGACAAGAUGGCAUAGUAUCCACGAGUUGUGAUGUUUAUAGUUUUGGCAUCCUGAUGAUGGAGGCAUUCACAAGAAGAAGACCAAGUGAUGAAACAUUUACCGGUGAAUUGAGCAUACAGCGUUGGGUUAGUGAUUCCUUUCCGGGUGAAAUUCAUAAGGUGGUGGAUUGCAAUUUGGUACAGCCAGGGGAUGAACAAAUUGAUGCAAAGAUGCGAUGUUUGUUAUCUAUCAUGGAAUUAUCUUUGAACUGCACUUUAGUGAAACCUGAUGCAAGAAUUAGCAUGAAAGAUGCUCUUUCAACACUCAAAAAGAUCAGGCUACAGCUUGUCAAUAAUCGGCAUUAGGUGGAAUCAGACUGUCUGCUCUUGUAUAUUAUUUGAUUACCUAUGCCAAUUAGGUUAAGAUUUCAAUUCUACUCAAGUGUAUUUAAUCAAGGUUGUAGGAAACAACUAGUUUCUUGAUAUAUGUAGUUUUGAUAUACUAUUAUAUUAGCUAUUUUAGAAGUGUACUGAUAAGCAGAUGCAUUUUGAAAAGGCCAAACCCAUCGGUGGCCCUCUAAAGUUGGCACCAAUUUUCACUUA